CUAUGAUCAUCACUCGGUACAAAAUAUUUCUCGGUCGAGGAACUGGGCAAAGUCCCUGACAGGAGCGCUUUGUGCGUUGUUUUGCUGUGAGUCCAUGGUGAGACUAGCCGGUAAAAUGUCGAAUUGUGUUACUUUUCAGACCAAAUUAUCAUCCAUUGUGGAUGUACUGGUUCAAGCGGCCGUGGCAGUAAUAGGCAACCUUGUUGGCGAUGACUCCGUCCUCACGUUACGUUUGAAAGUGGCUCAGGGUGAGAUGAACAGUGAAGUGCUGAAGAAGAAACUACAGACACAAAACGAACUAAUAACGACACGAUUCGCCUCAAUCAUGGGAAUACUGGGUAAAGAGGCCAUUGAGAAAAUUUUCAAGCUUGUUGACGAGACGAAAGCAGAACUGAUGGAGUGUGAAAUAGUAACUGUUGAAGAAGCAUCGCUGGAGAAUUCUGUAAAAAGUGAGGAUGAGUGUUCCCAGGAUGUCAGUAUGGAAAAAGGAGAGCCCUCUAUAGUUGUGAAUGAGGAAGACUGUCAACUGGAUCGUGUUAUCCUGAAAGGCAAGGAUAUGUCUGAAGGAAAAGGAGGCCGAUCUUGGGUGUGGGGCCACUUCACCUUGCUUUCUUCCAACAAGGUGCAAUGUGGCCUUUGCAACAAUCUGCUAAGUUAUUACAAAAACACGUCUGGAAUGCUACGACACAUAAGGACAAGGCACCCCGCCGUGCAUCAGUGGGACACUCCUAGCAUUGUUGUGGCUGCCACACAGACUGACCCAGAGGGCCUCAUGGGACAGGCUGAAAUGGAUGCAGAUAUGGAAAUUCCCGAAGGGAGAAUUGGCCGAUCUUGGGUGUGGGACUACUUCACCUUGCUUAAUCCCAACAAGGUGCAAUGUGGCCUGUGUCAAAACAUGCUAAGCUAUAACAAAAACACGUCUGGGAUGCUACGACACAUAAGGACAAGACAUCCCGCAGCUAUCCUUAUUGGGGCUGCUGCAGCACAGACUGAACCAGAGGCCUUCUUGGGACAGGCUGAGCUGGAGGUGGAGCUGGAUUCUUCUGAAGGCAGAGGAGGCCGUUCUUGGGUGUGGGACCACUUCACUUUGUUUGGGCCCAACAAGGUGCGAUGCAGCUUCUGCAACAACAUGCUGAGCUAUAACAAAAACACGUCCGGGAUGCUGCGGCACCUAAGGUCAAGACAUCCCAGCGUGCAUCAGGGUGCUAAUGCUAUAUUUGGUGCAAGGACUAAACCAGUCCGCAGACGUGGAGGACAGUGUGGGACCUUCUCAGACGAGGGAGGAGAAACCUGAAGAGGAUUCUGGGAGCACUGACCCACCGCGAGGCCUGUAGAUCAAUGUGCACGGAGCUGUAGAGUCUGGCUCUGAUGUUGGAGUGAGGUCGCACUUUCACUCAGACCAUCGAUAUUACCGUGCUGUUCUGAGGAGAGUUAUAACGCAAGGCCCACACGAGUCAAAUUCUGAUUUCAAAAACGGGAUCAUUCUAUCCGGAGUGACAGCGUCAGCACAGCAAAGAGCAAGAAGACUUACAGCAGAGCAGGAAGGGAGGAAAGAAGAGAAUUGUGGGAAAUGUUUUCACAAACUAAGUCUCCUUCGUUAACACCAACAAUUUAACACUGGAGAGAAAGCAUUCGGCUUCAGACCGAAAUGUCUAGCACUGGAGAGAAACAAUGCCUCUCUGAUGUGAAAUGCUUAACAGUAUAAUCUCAAAACACAUCAGGCCACAUCAUCUCUGUGACAUGCGUAGAAAGGAGUUUGAUAAAGUUGUGUUAUCUCAAAAGGCACCAGAUAAUUUGCCAAGGAGAGAAACCGUUUAUCUGUGAUGUAUGUGCGGAAACCUUUCCGCAAGGCAUAUAAUCUCCAAACACAUCGGGCCAUUCACGGCAGAGAAACAAAUGACUUGUGCUGUACAUGUGAAAAAUCAGUAGUUCGGAACUAUCAUGGCCACAAGCGAAGACACACUAAAGUGAAAGCUUUAGCUUGCUACAUGAUAACUGUUUCUAAUGUUCUGGGACUUUUACGCACCAGGUUAUUCACACUAGACAGAAGCCAUUCAGUUGUAAAAUGUGGGAAAUGUUUCCGCCAAGCAGGUGGCCUUAAAAAUAUAAUAUUACAGAUUAGGGAGACCGUAUGGCCGAGUCCAUAGGGUGGCCAACUUAACUGAAGUAUGAAUCCCCGUGUGGACGGGGGUUCGAUUCCCCACUGUAAUGCUUUUCUGUCCUGUGUUCCUAUCUCUAUCUGUAACCCUCUCCGCUUUCCCCCUGUCUGAAUAAAGUGAAAAGGUAUGUAAGGAGG